CUGGGUCAUACCUUGAAUGAAUGAAUGUUGUUGAAAUGUUUUUUUUAGUGGACAGUUAGGGGAGCAGCCCGACAGGCAGAGAGAGGGAGAGAGAAAAAAAAAAAAGAAAAGAAAACACCGGAGCAGCAUUAAACCCGAACUUUACUCCACCGGACGUUUAUUGUCCCACCUUUGAAACUUGAGUUGAGAUAAUAUUUAACAGCAAAGCAUGUGCGGCGCAUAACUUUAGUGCUCUCCGCGCGUCAAGCUGCUGGCUGCUGGAUCGAUGGUGUUGUGAUUUGGACGCAUAUUGAUUUCGGGCUUCACCAGACGCGCAGAAAACAAUGGGCACCAUAGCCAAGAUCCUCCUGGGAGUCUUUGGGUUGGCAGUGGUCGUCGUUUUGAUAGCGGUGCCCACGAGCAUUUACCUAAAAGGUCCUGACUUUUUUCCUCCCCUCCCGCUUCCAACAUGCGUUGCAGAGGAGCAGACGAGCAGUAGGAGGUCCUUCACCCUGGAGGACGUCUUCAACAGCUCCCUGAAACCAAAGUCCUACAACAUGAAGUGGAUCUCAGAUUAUGAGUAUCUGCACAUGUCGCAGGGCUCGGUCUUCCUCCACGACGUGGCCGGGGACAAAGUCACCGAGUUCUUGAGCAAGGACAAGUUUACUGAAAAAAACGCUAACGACUACCAGCUGUCUGCAGACCGAAGAUAUGUAGCAUUUGUGAGCAACUACUCCAAGCUGUGGAGACAUUCAUUUACGGCCACAUAUUCGCUUUAUGACCGGGAGUUGAAUGAAUUUAUCGCACCCCAUAGCUUGAGUCAUGAUGUCCAGUACUUUGCCUGGGCCCCUGAAGGCAACAAACUGGCCUUUGUCUGGAAGAAUAAUGUGUAUGUACAGACCAGUCCCAAGUCUCCACCGCAGCAGGUCACGUUCAACGGAGAGGAGAAUAAGAUCUUCAAUGGAGUCCCGGACUGGGUGUAUGAGGAGGAGAUGUUCUCGUCCAAUCAGGGCCUCUGGUGGUCACCCGGAGGGAAGUACGUGGCUUACGUAGAGUUCAACGACACGGAGGUGCACACCAUAGAGUACUCGUGGUACGGCCAGAACCAGUACCCCAGCACCGUCUCCAUCCCUUAUCCAAAGCCAGGCACUCCCAACCCCAUAGUGAAACUCUUCGUAGUGGACACGGACAACACCACAAAAAUUACCGAAGUUGUUGUUCCAGCCUUGUUCAGCUCAAUUGAACACUACUUGUCCACUGUUACCUGGGUGACCGAUGACCGUCUGGCUGUGCAGUGGCUAAAAAGAGUACAGAACCACCUCAUCCUUCAGAUCUACAGCCUUAGUGGAACCAGCUGGAAUCCCGUUGAGAAACUGGAGCUGACGAGCACGGGAUGGAUCGGACGUUUCUCUCCUCCAGAGCCAGUUUUCACCACAGACAAGAACAGCUAUUACCUGCUCAUGAGCGACGCUAAGGGAUACAAGCACAUCCAUCACGUGGUCGGGGGCGUAGCUACACCUAUCACCUCCGGAGAAUGGGAGGUCAUUGGCAUUCAGAAAGUCACUCCAGACAGUGUAUAUUAUUCAAGUAACGAGGAGGGGGGCAGGCCGGGAGGAAGGAACGUUUACAAGUGGACGGCAACAGAGACAAAGUGUUUGACUUGUUCAUUCCGUGAAGACUGUCAUUAUAACUCGGCCUACUUCAGCCACAAUGCCUCCUUCUACCGCGUCAGCUGCAACGGUCCCGACAUUCCUCAUCAUUCUCUCAUGGACAACAGGAACAAUAACCAGCUCAAAGUUUUGGAGGACAACAAGGCGUUUGUCAACCUGAUUGAGAACAUCGCGAUGCCUACCAUGCGUCGAAGCUUCAUCAAACUUGGCCAAUACAAUCUCUGGUACCAGAUGUUUUUGCCUCCAGGCUUCGAUGAGUCAAAGCAGUACCCUCUACUUAUAGAUGUGUACGCAGGACCUUGCAGCCAGAAAACAACCUACAUGUACAGGGUGAACUGGGCCACCUACCUGGCCAGCACUGAGAAUAUCAUCGUCGCCAGCUUCGACGGAAGAGGAAGCGGUUACCAGGGCGACAAGUUAAUGCAUGAACUCUACAAACGUCUGGGAACCUAUGAGGUGGAAGAUCAGAUAACAGCGGCCAGGGAAUUCAUCAAAAUGGGCUUCAUUGACAAAAACAGAGUUGCUAUUUGGGGAUGGUCCUAUGGUGGAUAUGUUACGUCAAUGGUCCUGGGUUCCGGCAGUGGAGUUUUCAAAUGUGGAAUGGCAGUGGCUCCGGUCUCCAAGUGGCAAUAUUAUGAUUCCAUCUAUACAGAGCGCUACAUGAUGGAGCCCUUAGAGAAUCCAGAGGGCUACGAAAACUCAACAGUAACUGCCAGGGCCAAGAAUUUCCAUGCAGUGCAGUAUCUUCUGAUUCACGGAACGGCUGACGACAAUGUCCAUUUCCAGCAGGCGGCCGAGAUCUCAGAGGCUCUGGUGGAUGAGCAAGUGGACUUUGAAGCCAUGUGGUACACCGACAAAGAUCACGGGCUCACCGGCUCGGCCAAUCAACAUGUCUACACUCACAUGAGUCACUUCCUUAACAGGUGCUUUGCAUAACUGGAUCACCGUCAUUGUUCCAUGUGAAUAAAAGAAAACACUGUUAAAAUGAAUGCAUUUAGUUUUCAUGUGCACUCAUGAAUAUAAAAGAGUCAUAAUGUCGCUCCGUGUCUCUGAAAUGUACCAGCCUCUUGUAAUACAUCUACACAAAAAUGUGAUUUGUUUUUCCCUAUUUGUGCAUUUAAUUCUCAUAAAUGUCCUUCCGUGACCUGAAGAACUUAAUUAACGUGAAGAAUGAUAUCGUCUGUGAAAGUGGAACUAUAGUUGUACAUCUAAAGACUUUGUACAGUAUUGUAUUAAAUUAUGCAUAGAGACCUAAAAUACCAAAGUGAUUUUUAUACAGUUUUACUAAAUCUAUAAGAUUGUUGAAUGUUUGUUGCAUUAAAUGUUUUCUAAAAUAAAAAUUUAAACUGCGA